GCGCUUCCUAAGCUCUCAAUCCUCCUCAGUGACGCCUUCCGCUCGCACCAACAAAGCGUCCCGAGCCCGGAAUAAAUAAACUUUUUGAAGUCCACUUUUUCUUAAAAAAAACAAACAACAUAUAUAUUUUUUUUCACAAAAGAGUAUAAAAAGAAGACGCGCGUGAAUACGCACCGCGAGCAAUGAUGGAGGCGACAACAAUGGAGGUGAACGCGGAGGCCCGCAGGGUUCUGGCGGUGUCCAUCAGCAAGCUGUACGCGUCCAGGACGCAGAGAGGCGGGCUGAGGCUGCACCGGAGCCUCCUGCUCUCCCUGGUCAUGCGCUCCGCCCGGGACAUUUACCACUUGUCCUCGCCGCCGCCUAUGGAGUGCGGCACGGACGAGGCGACCGAGGCGACCGAGGCGGAGCCGCCCCAGCCGGAGCCGACCCCCGCCGAGCCCAGCGCGGCGACGGCGGCGGCGGGGGGAGGUGCGCGCCAGGAGGCGGACGCCCUCGAUACGGAAGAGGAGGAGGAGGCCAUGGAGGAGGGGGAGCUCGCCGAGGACAAAGAGAACCGCAGCCCGACGAGUCGCUCCAGGAAGCGGCGGGGAAAGACGUCAGCGGCGCCGGACUUCCUCCCCAGCAAGAGGGCGAGGCUGGAGCCGGGAGAGGAGCGACAUUCCGCCGCGGCGCCUCCGCCGGUCAGCUGCCGCCUGGGCCCCGCGGAGUCACUCGUGACUCUGUCCCUCAACCGGGUCAUACCGGCCUGCUGAGGCCGCGGGCGAGGCUCCACUGGACUUUGGAGCCAUGAUUGUCGUCUUUGCUCACAGAGCUGACCCCCUCGCGUCCACGGACCCCGGCCGGGCCCCGACCCGGGGGGGACGGAACGAGCUCUCCGAAGUGGGAAAGUUCGGAUGGGAGCGGAUUGAAUCACGCCAGUGACCCGCUGCGAGGUGCUGAGUCAGAGGGCGUGAAUCAGCAGGAAAUGAGGUGGUCGGUGGUGGUCACCGCCGCCACGAGCGCGCAUGCGCAGACAAACUGGUGCUGGUGGACCAACAAGGUGCUAUAAAGGUGUUUUCUGCACUGUCAAAACUCUCCUAACUCUACCAUGAAUGCCAACAACAAGAACACUAAUGAUUCUUUACCUCACUUGUAAAGCUGCUGGUUUUUUUUGUGUUAAUAAAGUUUGACAUGUGACAAGAAAAAACUACAAA